GACACGGAGCGUCGUUGCUGUGGAAACAAGCGAGCGCUGCGCAACAACAGUUUGGUGUUGAGGAGAAACUCAUUUAGUUUUUCCAACAUGGAGAAUCAGAGAGAGUUUGGGAGAGCUGUUCCGGUGCAGGUCACUGUGCUGUCUGGAAAUCAUUUGAGAGGUAGUAGGACUGAUUCGUGUCUCAGUUUUGUUCGGGUGGAGUUCAAUGGAAGUUUGCUGGGAGACUCACAGAAACUGGACAUUGCUGUGGACAAAGAUGUGGUUUACAACUUCACCUGUAGUUUUGAAUGCUCAGAAGUAGCACAUUCACUGGAUGAUGUGGCACAUAAACCUGUCAUAUUGACGGUGCUCGAGAUCUUACCAAAAGAGAAAAAACAAAAAGAGGAGAAAACCACAGUACUAGGACAAGCCGUUGUGGACCUCCUGCCACUACUGCGAGGUCAGUGUAGCUUCUCAUCCACCGUGCUCCUUCAUGCGGUGCCCGGAUCACCGGCAGAUGUUGCUGCACAUGAAGACGGCAUUAAAUCCACACUAGAUGUGAUGGUGAGCGUUCCGGAGCCGUUGCUCUCUGAUGCCCAGCGCUCUGAUUCUAAUGUGCUGAUGGUCACCGUGGAGACGGUGUAUUCCGUUCCCGAAGUCUGGAAUCCUGCCUCCACACCUCCAUCCAGCUAUGUAGCUGCCCUGCAGAUGCCUGUCUCAGCCACGAGAGAGCAAGUGUUGUUGUUCUCCAAUGGCGUCUUAAAAAUGGGUGGCGAGCGGGAGCCAUUGCCAAGACCCAAAAAAUGGCCCUUGGGGCCUCUUCUCACACCAGGAGCAGAGGUCAUUCAGGGCCUUUAUAUUGACACAGAACCCACAGACAUGGAUCACGGAGACCUUACUGACAUAGAGGAUAAUGAUUUCAGAGCAAACGCGGAGUGUAAUGAGAACAGAGUGAGCUGGGAUACAGCACGUCGUUGCUUUAUUGAUGCAGGAGGCGUGGCCUGUCUGUCCCGCAGGAUUGCAGAAUGCAGACUGUGGCCUGUUGAGAUCAUGAAAGCCAAUCAGACGGUUCCAACCAAAGGUGGGAGAUCAGCCAGAGACAAGCUGGGGGAGGAUGAGCCACAGAUUUCAUUUCACGGAGUGGUUUACAUGGAUCUGGUGCCGUUGUUGUACCCUGGAGUACGGCGUAUACACGGGGUGUACAGAAUCUACCCGUUUUAUGAGUCUGAUCUACUGAAUAAGACUCAGAGGACCUACAGCAUUCUGAAGGAGCUCAGCAGAGCACCGCCGACACUGGGCCGAAAUCGAGCCAAUUCCUCCGUCGACUCCUUAAGGGCGUUUCAGAGUAAAACCUUUGAAAACCAAAGAGGAAACAAAGAUGUUCCCAAAAAGCCAGAUUCCCAGGGAAAGCCUGCUCAGUCUGACAGUGUGACUGGGCUGGAGCCACAGGUCAACACGGAGGGACAGAUGUAUGCAGAUUCAAGAUCGUACAUUAUUAUUGAAAUUGCUGUGGAAAAGCCGCUGGUUCCAAAGAGACCACCAGAGGAGCUGGCCAAACGUGUGAUGGAGUUGGUUCCUCCCAGACCUCCUUUGCCUCGACGGCCAGCAGGAGCAGAAAGAGCAGUACAGGAAUACCAGUCUCAGAUAGCGAGUGUGGCCGCCCAGGUGUUGGAUCAGUACCAGCAGCUGUUCGGGAACGCGUUUAUGCCUGGUGGGAAACCUCUGGACCCCGUCUUACAGGAACAACGCAAAACUCAGCUGCUCGGAGAACUCAACUGCUCUGGGAAAUACUUUGCCUUCAAGGAACAGAUGAAGUACUCUGUGGUCCGGAUCGUAAGAGAGAAGAUGUUGAGGACAGAGGCCUUCUCAGAUCCUGAACAGCUCCAAGCAUUCCUUAGUCAGCUCUAUGUGUUCCUGGUGGAUGAGAUGCAUGUUUCUCUCAAUAAGAGCCUGUCAGUGGACUCUCAGGACACGCAUCAUGAGCCUCUGCUGAGCUGUGCUCAACUCAAACACUUCGCCAAAGAGGCCCAACUCAACAAGGACUACCAGCUGGCGGCACAGUACUAUCAGGAGUGUUUGGUUCGAGACCGCAGUGACCCGUCCCACUGGUUUGAUUAUGGAGCGUUCUACAUGCUGACCGAUGACCUCCUGAAGGCAGAGGAGUGCUUUCAACAGGCCUUAUCCAUUGAGCAAACUCACAUACCCAGUUUGCUCAUGUGCGGUGUUCUGUCGGACAUGAAUGAACGCUAUGAGGAUGCAGAGACUUUCUUUGAAAGGGCGACAGGUGUAGAGCCGAACAACGUGGUCGCCUGGACUUUAUUUGGUGUGUUUUGCCAGGCUCAGGACAAGGUAUUCCAGGCAGAAAUGGCUUUUCGGGAGGCCAAUAAGCAUUUUAUUUCCAUCAUGCAAAAUGGCCAGUCAUCUAGACCAAAAGUAACCUCAGAGACUCAAUCUGGUCAGGAGAAGAACCAGAAGGAUGAAACAAGUGAGAUUCCAGCUGGAAAAACAGAAAAGACAGGUGGUGAUACUGAUGAAGGUGCCGUACACGAAGAAGGCAUCCCACAGAACAGAGAGGAGAGUAAACAGGAAGUACAACACCACCUUUCCCCCAGCAGUGUCCAAACCACUAUCUUCAUGGAUACAGUGUGGUUUCUCCUGCACAACUAUGCAUUACAGAUGGCCCAGCGGACUCUGGCUUUAGAGCUGCUGUCUCCAGACAGAGGAACCAUCAGCUCGUAUCAUCUCGCUCUGGCCCAGCUUCAGCUGCUGAGAGGAGAACACGACAGCGCUGAGGCCAGCCUGAAGGAGGCGCUGGCCGACAACUUCCAGAACCCAGACAUAUGGGCCCUGUGGGGUCACUUACAUCACACGAGGGGUGAUUACGCUCAGGCUCAGAGCUGCUAUGAACGGACGCUGGAUUCUGUGCUGGACACUUCAGACACACACUCCAUAUUCCUCCGUCUGGGCUCCAUCUACCUGCAGGAAGGAGAAUAUGAAAAAGCCAAAGCUAUAUUCCUGCGCGCCUGCAAACACUCUCCGUCAUGCCUUACUUGGCUCAGGCUGGGAAUUGCCUACUAUAGACUGGAGGAGCUGAGCGAGGCUGAAGAGGCGCUGACUGAAGCCAACACACUGAAUAACAGGAAUCCAGAGGUGUGGGGUUACCUGUCUCUAGUCUGUUUACGGACUGGCCGAAAACUAGAAGCAGAGCAGUCAUAUAAAUAUGCCAUGAAGAUGAAUUUGCAAAAAGAGUCACUUCUACAGGAGAUCCACGACCUGCAGUCACGUGUUGGGUUCGGAAACCCUUCCUUCUGAUGUGCCAUAGCCACAGAAAUGAAAUUUAAAACAUAAAAAGGUUCAUUACUUCUAAAAAAAAAAUGCUUAUUUGAUGCAUUUUGAUUUAAAUGCUUAUUUAAACUAACAUUUGGGUUUGUCCAUAUUUGAC